CCGGUAUGACCUGAAUAGAUAUUGUCACUCUAGCGAGUAGUGACUCAGUCAUUUUCUAUCUACGCCGUACAAGGCAGUGAAAUGUUGAAGAUUGCGAGAUCUUGUACGAUGUUUAUUGUGGAUAUUUAAAGCUGGAUUUGCAGUAUCCGAUUAGCUAGAACUGCUGAGAUAUAUACGCUACAUUACUUGUGGGUUUAUAACAAUAUUGCUAACUCAUCGAUACUGGAAUGUCGUGCAAGAACAAACUAUAGUGUGGUGUGGAAAGGCAAAUUAAUGUUAUGUGUCGUAUUCUUAUAACCUGACCGAAAGGCAAACGCGGGUGCGACGGGAAUUUGUAAAAAUAUUAAUAAAGGACCAUGGGGCGCGCGUAUGUAUUAGGAGCUGCGGUGGUCGUGUCUCUAGGUUUAUGGCUAGCUGGAUUAGGUUGGACGGUAGCCCUUUUAGGGAUUGCUAUUGCAAUUGCCUUGGUUUCUUUAUACCCACAUAAAGUGGUAUCAGUGGACCCUUUGGGAAAAGCUGUUUUUAUAACGGGUUGUGACAGUGGAUUCGGUAACAGUCUUGCCCGGCGGCUGUACGACAGGGGUUUUCUCGUGUUCGCCGGAUGUCUCUCGCCGGACAGCGCAGGCGCACUUGCGCUCAAGUCAGAGUGCCCGGAUCAACUGCACGUGAUACAGAUUGACGUCACAGACGAGUGGCAGGUGCGCGGGGCACUGAAAUUUGUUAAGGAGAAGAUAGGGGACAACAGUCUGUGGGCGCUUGUCAACAACGCAGGUAUCGCGAUAUUCACCGAGAUCGAGUGGUGCUCCGUGAGUCAGUUUCAGCGCGUGCUCGACGUCAACGUCAUGGGCGUGGUCAGGGUAACCAAGGUGUUCCUGCCGUUGCUAAGGAGCGCCAAGGGGCGCGUUGUAAACGUCGCAAGUCUUGCAGGUCGUUACACGUUCCCAGCGUUCGCAGCCUACUCCAUGUCAAAGAGGGCAUGCAUCGCUUUCUCAGACGCCUUGAGGAUCGAGAUGAAGAAGUUCGGUCUCAAAGUCAUCACGAUCGAACCGGCGCUGUACAAGACUCCGAUUGCGGAAUCGAAUCUGCUCGAGCAGCAAAACCGGAAGUCAUGGAGCGAGACGCCGCCGGAGGUCAAGGACGCCUAUGGCGACGAGUACUUCGACGCAUUUCUGAAAAACAUCAACGUCCAGAUGAAGCGGGCCAUACCGGAUACCACUCACGUCAUUGACCUAAUGGAAGAAGCCAUCAUAGACGUCGAUCCGCGGAUACGUUACGUCGCUACAACGCGCUUAGGUGAAAUACGCGCCGCCAUUCUUAUGUUGUUGCCGACGUCAUUGACGGACAAGCUUUUCGAGAAAACGACACCGAAAUGCCUACCGCGUCAAAGCACUGGUAGCAGCGUCGAUAGUUCCUCAGACAAUGACGUCACAUCGCGGUAGAACAUUGACUCACGCCUUAUAUUGUAGUAUGACGUCACUUUUUAAAAAAGUAUUUUUGUCUUUAUAUUCUUCAUCGUCGAAACGGCAUAUAUUUAAUUGUCACUACAUUAUACGCCAUAUGAGAAAAUCCUGAAAAAAAAUCGUUUUCGUGAAUUUUGAUGAGCCAAAUAAUCCAGUAAAAUGACACUAUUCUAUGAAACUCGUCGAAUGAAGUCUGAACAUCUACGAUCGUUUGAUUUGAUUUCGGUAAAUAUAACAAUGACGACCGGAAAUAUGACAAUGCGUAUAAUAGGGACGGAACACGCUCAUGUCUCAUCAAUUAUUCAAGAGUGAUGAAUUUUUGCAAGCAUAAUGCCCCCUCUUCCCAUGUUGAUCAAGAAGCAUACCGUAUUCAAACUAAUGUGGGUUCCAAAGAAAGAGAAUACUUUGUAAAACGUCAAAUUGCGUUCGCGCCUUAUAAUUUGAAUUGAUGAAUUCGAAGUACAUACAUUUCUUGCCACUAAUCAAUUUUUAGAGUUCUAUUGAUUGUCAUCUUUAUACCUUUCUAAAGGAACACUAUAAAGUAUGCCUUCUUACAUUCUCGUGUAAGAAUACCGUUUGAUACAAAUUAUUCAUGCGCGAAAAGACAUCCACCUCCUCCGACAUGUUGUUGUACAUUAUGUAAAUGUAUAUAAUUAAUCACUUAUCUUUUUGCUUCAACUAGAUGUUCAUGUGUAAAAUUGAAUCAUUUAUUGUUACAGAUAUAUUGUACUUAAAAUAAAGAAAUUAUAUUUAAAA